AUGAGGUACCCUCACAUCCCCAAAUUGACAAGGAGCUCAGGUUUUGGGAUGUCCACACCGGCAACAGUUGCUGGGAAAGCCUUCCUUAUCGUUUAUGGCCUUUUUGGGUGUGCCGGAACCAUCCUCUUCUUCAAUCUCUUCUUGGAGCGAAUCAUCUCGCUUCUGGCUUUAGUCAUGAAAGCUUGCCACGAGCGGCAACUACGGAGAAGUGGCCUUCUACCUCCGACGUGCCGAAGGGGCUCAGCCAUCUCCGACGUUGACAGCCUGAUUGGGUGGAAGCCGUCGGUUUAUCACGUGAUGCUGAUUCUGGGAAUCUUUGCCAUUACUCUUUCUUGCUGUGCCUCAGCCAUGUACACAGCCGUGGAAGGGUGGAAUUACAUCGACUCCUUGUACUACUGUUUCGUCACUUUCAGCACCAUCGGGUUUGGCGAUCUGGUGAGCAGUCAAAACGCCGUCUACCAAAAUCAGGGAUUAUACAGAUUUGGGAACUUCAUGUUUAUAUUAAUGGGGGUUUGCUGCAUAUACUCUCUUUUUAACGUCAUCUCGAUUGUAAUCAAGCAGGUUUUAAAUUGGAUGCUCAGAAAGUUCCGAUGUAGAUGUUGUCCCGAUUGCAAUAAGCCCACUUCGCGCCUUGGGCGACGCAAUGCCAUCACGCCGGGAUCUCGCUUCCGCAGGCACAACUUCUCUAUGGAAACAGACGGACAGUACGACAGUGAUACGGACGGGAGACGGCUUUCGGGCGAAAUGAUCUCCAUGAGGGAUCUUACAGCCUCCAACAAAGUCUCUCUGGCACUCCUGCAAAAGCAAUUAUCCGAGACGGCCAAUGGUUAUCCUCGGAAUGUCUGCAUUAACACUAGACAAAACGGCUUUUCAGGAGGAGUCGGCGCUCUAGCUAUCAUGAACAAUAGACUGGCAGAGACAAGCGAUUCUAGGUAGAAAUUUUGAAAUUAUCUUCUAUAGAAUGAAGACAUUUUCUUAUUUUUUA